CCAGCUUCUUCUCUAUAUAAACCGAGAGGCAAUAGGCUCGGGAUUACUUGUAGUUAGGUUACCGUUAACUUUAUACGUUUUUUAUAUAAAAAAUGAAUAAGUUUCUGAUAAUAUCAUUAGCAUUAGUUUCUGUGGUCGCGGCUCGGCCAGGAUACGGAAGUGUACACAGUAGUGAAGACUCGGACAUCAGCCACGAGGAAUACGGCGGUAAGCACGAUGGACACGUGAACUGGCACGUCGGCUACGGAGUGGGACACGUCGCCGGUGCAGUGCAGGAAAAUGCCGGUACAACAGCGGAUCAUGGCAGUAAAACAGCGGAACAUGCGGGUACUACAGCGGAACAUGGCGGCUCUACAGCGGAACAUGCCGGCACUGGACAGCAACAUGGCGUUGGCGGCGUCAGUGUUGGUACCGAGCACGCAAGCACCAGUUUAAGAAUGGGACACGUGAGCAGUGAUGCGGGAAAAGUACACAGCUAUUACAGUGGUGGUACCAGCGUAGGGAUGGCACUCGCCAAAGGCGGCCGCCGUAAACCUAACGGAUUGGGACAUGGACACGGAGUCUACGGUCACAGCGGCACCAGCAUAGGAGUCGCGCUCUCCAGAGGUAGUGCCACUAAAGUCGCAACAGCAGCGAGCGUUGGGCGCAGCAGCAGUGUCGGACAAGGCGGCCACAGUUUGGGAACCGGUCAUGGAUCAACUCACGGCACAAGCACCGGACAUUCCGCGCAGACCUUCGGUCAUGGAACUGAACAUGGAUCUAAACAAGUAUCGGAGCAUGGAUUCGAAAAGGGAUCGAGUCAUGGACAUGGACACGGAUACGAAUCUGGUCACGGAUUCGAACAUGGACAUGGUCAAGGAUACGAACACGGUGGUUAUUUUGGUCACAACACGGGUUACAGCGGUGAAGACUUCGGAGAUAGUGGCGAAGAAAAUCACGGGGCCCAUGAACAUUAUUAGACAAUAGAAUUAUUUAACGGUACAAAAAUGUUGCAUAGUACAUAAGAAAAAAGGAACUGUUAGAAUUUAAUAACAAGAAUGUGAAAUUCGAUAACAUUAAAAACUACGGUAAUAAUUAUGUCAAAUGUCACUUAUUA